AUGGCUCCCCAGGAGACAAUCAUCCAAGUCAUUCAUCGAGCUUGCCAGACUACCCUCGAAACCCUGAAGCAUGAACCUAGUCUGUUCGAUGACCUUUCGGUUAAUCAUUCAAUAUCUCACUCCACCCCCGCACAUCCUCGCUUUCAGGUGCAAAUGAUCUACCAAGAUUAUCACACUGGUCUAAAUGGGACCGCAACCGUCACUCUCCGCUCUCCGAUAUAUUUGUACUCGCUGGAAAAUCUACAUCUCCUCCUACGAACCUACGUACGCCUUUUGAAUUCUUGUAUCUGGAACCCCAAGCUGCCCAUCACACGCCAACUCCUGUACGACGACAACGAUUCUAUGGUCGGGCUGGUGCUUGGACAAGGCCCCCGUUUGGAGAUCACAAAUCACGACACGAUUUCGAAACGAAUCGAGCAAAUGUCGCUCUUUGAGCCUGAUACGGUUGCAGUCAAAGAUGCGGACAGCAAUGGCCUCACAUACAAACAAAUGCAACAGCACAUUCAAUGCGCCGCAGCCGCUCUCCAAACCAAGGGAGUCCUGGCCCACGACUGCGUCGCCGUGCAUUGUGAGCCGACCGUGUAUUUUGUGUGUCACAUGCUGGCAAUAUGGCGCCUGAACGCCAUAUACGUACCCCUCGAUCCACAGAAUGCCUUCGCUCGACUCCAGACAAUUGUGGACGACUGCCGACCAACAGCGUUCAUAUACCACGACUCAACCAAAUACGCGAUCAGACAACUGAACCUCCAUUCGAGUAUACCCGUCUCCAUCACGGAGAUCUGUUCCUCUCAGGCCCAGACAAUUCCGGACUUCUCUCGGCCCGAAUCUGCUGCUUGUGUCCUUUAUACUAGCGGAUCCACUGGGACGCCCAAGGGCAUAGUGCUCACACAUGACAACCUUCUUCACCAGAUCCUGGGGGUGCGCCAUCGUUAUGGAAUUGGCCGUGAGAUUGCUCUUCAGCAAAGCUGCCUUGGCUUUGACGUCUCUCUGGACCAGAUGCUUCAGCCGCUUCUUGGUGGUGGCACGCUGAUUGUUGCUCCUCGCCGCCUGCGUGGCGACGCCAUCGCGCUCUCUAGGCUGAUCUUGGCUGAAGGAGUCACCUACACAUAUGCCACCCCGUCUGAAUAUAUGAUGUUGCUACGAUACGGAUCAACUGCCCUGGAACAACUGUCCUCGUGGAGGAUUGCCUUCGUGGGAGGCGAAGCCUUGCCACGACAUCUGAUUCAACUGUUCCGCAGCCUGCGGCGACCUGGUCUGUGGCUCAUCAACCGGUAUGGGCCCACAGAGGUCUCAAUUUCCAGCUCGUGUCUGGCAAUCGAUACAUUUGAUCCUGCCUGCGUGAAGCUACAGCCUAUCACUGUCGGCUGGACUCUGCCUAACUAUUCUACGUAUAUCCUUAAUACCGAUGGCGCACCGCUCCCGGUAGGUUUCACAGGGGAGAUUGUUGUCAGUGGGCCAGGAGUGGCCCAGGGAUAUUUACACAAAGACACACUCACUAAGCAACGGUUCCUGCCGGAUUCAUUGAUGGACGAUCCAGAUCCGAGCAGACGUCCCAUAAUGUAUCGAACCGGCGAUAAGGGCCGCUUGCUUCCCACCGGCGAGCUUGUGUUUCUUGGACGGAUUGACGGUGACCACCAAGUGAAGCUUCGUGGCUAUCGAAUCGAGCUUGAUGACAUCUCCAACACCAUCCUUAGGUCUGCGGAUGGUCGGCUUAUUGAAGCAGUGGUCUCUGUACGGGGGCUACACGACGCAGAAGGGGAUCGUCGCUUCCUGGUGGCAUUUGUCGUCCCUGCCUGCACACAAGCCCACAUCCCAGUGAACGAGAUGCUGAAUUUCCUAGACGAGCUCGUUGCCAACCUCCCACUUCCGACAUACAUGCUGCCCCAUGUCAUCAUCCCGGUCGAUGAGCUGCCUCGAAACCCCAAUGGCAAGCUGGAUCGUCAGGCAGUCGAUCGACUACCCUUGCCCUCGAAGAGGCCCAAUGCCAUGUCUCCCAUGGCAGUCUCGGAUUCGGAGCGUUUCAUCAUGUGGGUUUGGGAGCAAUGUCUGGAUCUAUCCGUCCAGACGGCUGUCUGGGGUCCUGCAACUGACUUUUUCCAAUUGGGGGGCAACUCCUUGCUGAUGGUGAAAGUGCAAGCCUUCCUCCAGCAACACUUGGGACGGCCAAUCCCUUUACCUGCCCUGUUUCGGUCCAGCACCAUAGAGGACAUGGCUUCGUUGCUCACCGGUGCGCCAACGACGCCACCCGAGUCAACCAUUGAUUGGGAGCAGGAAACCCUUCCUGUGAUAGAAGAGAAGUAUAUCUGCGACGGGCGAAGCAUAAAUCUCAGCCCCCUGCAUGUGGAUGGAGCAAUUGAAGUGUGUCUGACCGGCUCGACCGGGUUCCUGGGCUCUGCGAUACUGAAAUGCCUCGUGACUGACCCUCGUGUGGCCCGUAUCCACUGUUCAUAUCGCUCUGCUCCACUAUCAGUGUCCUCCGCCGCCGGCGCUACCAAGGUGGUCCGCUACAAAUGCGAUCUCACGGCGCCUCGAAUGGGCCUCGAUCGGGCCUCUUGGCACGAGCUGGCGUCGCGCGUUGACCUGAUCAUCCACAAUGGAGCCGACGUCUCAUUCUUGAAAUCUUACCGGUCCCUGCAGCCGGCCAACGUGCAGUCCACGCGCGCCCUCGCCCAGAUGGCGCUUCGGCGCUGCCUUCCGCUGCAUUUCGUCUCCACCGCCGAUGUAGCGCAAUUGAGCGACUUGGAGUCAGUACCCCCACAGUCAGUCGCGCACUGCAAGCCUCCUACGGAGGGAGCGGAUGGUUACCUCGCAUCCAAGUGGGUGAGCGAGGUGUAUCUGGAAAAGUGCGCGGCGCAGUUCCAGCUGCCCUGCGCCAUUCACCGACCGACGAACAUUGUGGGCGAAGGCAUGCAUGGCACCGACUUCAUGCAAGGUCUCAUCCAGUGGUCCUUGCGCAUCCAUCAAGUCCCAGCCCUGGACCACUGGACGGGCUUCUUCGAUUUCGUAUCCGUCACGGAGGUGGCGAUGGACAUUACAGAGGCCGCGUUGCGUAGUGUGAACGACCGCCGCGAGACUUCCGCGACGAGCGAUACGCCCACUUUCCAUCAUCAUUCCAGCGACCACCCCGUGCCUGUCUCUGAAUUCCGAGACUUUCUCGAACAGCGCUUUCGGGUGCCCCUCCGGACGGUGGAUCCAGACACCUGGCUAGAGCACGCGCGUAAAGAAGGUCUGUCCGGUCUGUUGGAGAGCGUGAUGGCUGCGAACCUCACGGAUCCGCGACCACGUCGCCUGGCUCGCAUGCUGCGCGAGUAAUUAGUUAUUUCGAUCCUCGAAAUCGUAAAGAUAUUGUCUAGAAUGUUCACGCUGGCUGAAUUGGUGCUGCUGUACAAUUGCGACCGUUGGUUACCAUCUACAUAGUUUGCAUGCAAUAUGAAGCUCCUCC